GUUUGUAACGUUGGUUACGUUAACCUCAAGCUGUUGCACUCAUUCAUAAUUUAAAUUAUUAAGAUUUUGAUUUAAGUCUGGCCAUCAUACUCCAGUGACACAUGGUACAUCUUAAGAUGCUCAGGUAAUACUAAUAUUUCCUAGAAUAGCUUCACAUUGAAUAUCACGUGUUUGAUAGGCAUUCAACACGUGAUAUCAAUAACAUAAGAGUACUUAAUAGUCGGGCCCUAUACAGGACUCUCCCAAUAUGUCGCGUUUUUCUCCGGAAUUGUUGAAAAUGCGACGUAUUAGUAAAAAUUAAAGUACCGUAAUAGUGACGGUUUCCAUAUACCGGUUUGCCGCUCUGUGUUGAACAUAUAUAUUGGGAUUACAUAACUAAAAUUCAACUUUCUGGAUAGGUUGUUCCGGACAGUGGUAACGAUGAAGAUAGCAUGGAGCUCCAGGCUUCAGGCUAUCUGGAGGUGGGUGACGGUGGACCCCGGCGGGUCUCUGAACACACAGCGUCCCUCCUGCCCGCCCUCGCUGUCUACUACCACUCUCAUGCCAUCACCAUACACCAACCUGACAACUAUGACAUUGGACUAGAUCAGCAAAGUUGGCACUUCAAGUUAGUCCAGCGAUACAAGACAAUGCCAAGUAUCGACAUUUUGUUGCACACUUCUGUUGAAAAAUGUCGGCUAAUCGUUUGCUCUGGGAACGGCUCCAAAACUAUUUACAACCUUUCUUAUUUCAAAAAUGCUCGUCAGAACUCUUCCAAAGACACUGUUGGGAAAGAAAACAUAUUUAACUUUGAAAAUAAUAUGAUUACAACAACUACUGGGGAAUGGCGGGUAACUGAUGUGACCAAAUAUUUGACUGAUUGGCUGCUUGAUUUCUCAGAAUUGUCAGUGGAGUUUGAAACGAGUACAUUAUUUCCUGAUGUAAGGCAAAUUAAUCCCCUCCCACAGCCUGUUUUGUGUGUUCACGAGUAUAAUACUCAACAAUCUAGAGAAAGUGAUCGAAUAAAAACCACUUUAAAGCAUUUUAUGGCGAGCAAAAUGGAAUUAAUUACGAGAAAUUAUUUGAGCCUAAGUGACAAUGGAGCCAUUACUUUAGCGACAGGAUAUCAAAGGAUACGACGAGGAACCUCAGGAGAAUGCCAGAUGUCUAGAGUGUUGGUGUCCAUGGAGGAGCUGGGUCUUCACCAAGUGGUUUACCCAAUUAACAUCAAACUCAAGUUUUGUCUGGGUUCCUGCCACGUUCUCGACCAUCCGACUAUCUUCUCGACCAACGCACUCCUCAGGGCCAAGUUUAAGUUUCAAGAAGGGUCAAGCCAGGUGCCAUCGCCACAUUGCACACCCAUCCGCUAUCAGUACCAGACUUUUUUUGUGUGGCAGGAGGAUCGGCUUCAGAAGAUCAACGUUAGUGAUCUGGAUGUCUCUGUAUGUGGUUGCCGGUGAAUUUCCAAAAGCAAAUUUCAA